AUGUACAGGCAACGCCGCCACCCCUCCAAGCUGGCCCAGUUCAUCCUCGCAGCCCAGCUCGUCAUCUUCGCCGUCGCCAACCUCGUCCUCCUGGCCCUCUCCCUCGCCGCCAUGGCCAAGAUCAAGCGCAUCAAGAAUAUCCUGUACCCGGACUGGGCCAUCUACAACUACACGGCCGCCGCCGCGGGAGUCGCCUCCCUCGUCCUCGUAGCAUCCCUCAUCACCACCGUGGCCCGCCACCGCCGCGCCUCCGGGCCGGGUCCCUUCCUCACGCCCAGCUACGUCCGCCGCUGCACCCUCUUCACGACCGUCCUGCACGCCCUCGCUUUGGUGCUCAUCUUCCACGAGGCGUACGUCUGGGCGCAGCUCUCCCCGAUAUACGAGAUCCCCGGGUCCCUGCUCGCCGUCGGGAGGACCGCCACCCACAGAGUGGGCGGCAUGGUCUUCAGCCUAACAGGUUCUAUCAUUCUCACCGGGGUGCUGUUUACAGGCCUGUCCGUUGCGUUUGAGGACCCAGGCGUGAGAGAAUACCCAAAAAAGGAGUUGACUACAAGGAGUCCAAGCAUGCUUCAGGUUCCAAGCAUGGUUCAGGAGUUAUAA